UGACUGGGGGGCGAGUGGUGCACAGAGACCAAGAGCGUGCAUGUGAGUGACACUGAGCACCAUCAUGCUCAUCUACUCUCCCUUGCAGCCUCUCUCAGUCUCUCCAUCUUCCUGCUGAGGAGAGACACAGAUAAUCACGCAGAAGACAAGUAAAAGAGAGGAUAAAUGAUUGCUUUCUUCCCUUUUUUCUUUUUUUUUUUUCCUUUCUUAAGAACACCCAGAGGCAAGAAAAAAGAGGCAGGGAGACGCCAGAAGUAAAGCGCAUCUUGUCGUAGACUCCAGCCCACCCAGUGCUUUUCUCUGAGCAACAGGAUCAAGAGACGCUCUCAGUGCCCACAGCCUGAGGGAGAGAGUGGAUGCUGAACAACAUGACGGACUGCGAGGAGGCAGAGGGGGGACCCAACAGCCAGGGUGAUGGGAACCCCAAAGAGAGCAGUCCUUUCAUCAACAGCAGCGCAGCCAGCGAUGCAGAGAAGAGCCAGCAGUAUGACGGCAAAAAUAUGGCUCUGUUUGAGGAGGAGAUGGAUACCAGUCCAAUGGUCUCCUCUCUGCUUAGCAGUCUGGCAAACUACUCCAACCUGCCGACCGGCAGCAAAGAGCACGAAGAGGCCGAGAAUAACGAGGAGGGGGCACGUCCGUCUAAAAAACCUGUCAAGGUUCCACAGCUAGGCACUCUGAUGGGUGUGUACCUGCCAUGUAUCCAGAACAUUUUUGGGGUGAUCCUCUUCCUGCGGAUGACCUGGAUGGUUGGGAUCGGAGGCGUAUUGGGCUCCUUCAUCAUUGUCUUCAUGUGUUGUUCCACAACCAUGCUCACAGCCAUCUCUAUGAGUGCCAUCGCAACAAACGGAGUGGUACCCGCUGGGGGCUCAUAUUACAUGAUCUCUCGCUCCCUGGGGCCUGAGUUUGGAGGAGCUGUUGGCAUCUGCUUCUACUUAGGCACCACGUUUGCAGGUGCCAUGUACAUUCUUGGCUGUAUUGAAAUCUUGCUUAUUUAUAUUGUUCCCCAGGCUGCCAUAUUUAAGAUUGAGGGCCUGGAGGGGGCGGAGGCGGAGGCAGCUCUCCUCAACAACAUGCGGGUUUAUGGCACCAUCGUACUGAGCUUUAUGUCACUGGUGGUGUUUGUCGGGGUCAAGUAUGUCAACAAGCUGGCGCUGGUCUUCCUGGCCUGCGUCAUCCUCUCCAUCCUGGCUGUUUACGCCGGGGUGAUCAAGACCGCCCUUGACCCUCCCGUGUUUCCUGUCUGUCUCCUUGGAAACCGUACUAUUCUAUCCAAAGGAUACGACAUCUGUGCAAAGGUUAUCGAAAUAGACAACGACACCGUCACCACCAAACUGUGGAGGACCUUCUGUGACUCUGACAGCAUCAACGCCACAUGUGACGAUUACUUCAAUACCAACAAUGUCACCGAGAUUCAGGGUAUCCCUGGGGUCACAAGCGGCAUCCUUGCAGAAAACCUGUUCGGUAACUACCUGGAAAAAGGUAUGUUCUUGGAGAAACGUGGGCUUGCCUCAGACGCAGAUCCAGACAGUCCCCCAGCGGGCUCCAACCGCUAUGUCCUGGCCGACAUCACCAGCUUCUUCACCCUGCUGGUCGGGAUUUACUUUCCAUCUGUCACAGGUAUCAUGGCCGGCUCCAACCGCUCUGGUGACCUGCGCGAUGCUCAGAAGUCCAUCCCUAUCGGCACCAUUGCUGCCAUCACCACCACCUCUAUAGUGUACAUGUCCAGUGUGGUGCUGUUUGGCGCCUGUAUAGAAGGAGUCGUUCUAAGGGACAAGUUUGGUGAAGGGGUCAAUGGAAACCUGGUGAUUGGGACUCUGGCAUGGCCGUCUCCAUGGGUCAUUGUGUUCGGCUCCUUCUUCUCCACUUGCGGAGCGGGCCUCCAGAGUCUGACUGGAGCGCCACGUCUCCUACAGGCCAUCUCUCGAGACGGCAUCAUCCCAUUCCUUAGAGUGUUUGGGCAUGGCAAAGAUAAUGGGGAGCCCACUUGGGCCCUCCUGCUCACUGCAAGCAUUUGUGAGAUUGGUAUCAUCAUUGCCUCCCUGGAUGCAGUCGCUCCCAUCCUCUCCAUGUUCUUCUUGAUGUGCUACAUGUUUGUGAAUCUUGCCUGUGCACUGCAGACUUUGCUGAGGACGCCUAACUGGAGGCCGCGAUUUAAGUUCUACCACUGGGCUCUGUCUUUCUUGGGUAUGAGUCUGUGUCUGUCACUCAUGUUUAUCUGCUCCUGGUAUUACGCCAUAGUUGCCAUGGGCAUCGCCACCUGCAUCUACAAAUACAUUGAGUUCUGUGGAGCUGAGAAGGAGUGGGGUGAUGGGAUUCGGGGAAUCUCGCUCAGCGCUGCACGCUUCGCUCUCAUGAGGCUGGAGGAGGGACCGCCUCACACCAAGAACUGGAGGCCUCAGAUCAUGGUUCUGGUGAGUGUGGACGCUGAGCAGAACGUAGAGCAGCCUCGUCUUCUCUCACUGACCAAUCAGCUGAAAGCGGGGAAGGGUCUUACCAUCGUCGGGACGUCGGUUCAAGGAACCUUCCUCGACAAUUAUGUGGAGUCCCAGAGGGCAGAUCAGUCUCUGCGUAAAUUGAUGGAGACGGAGAAGGUGAAGGGCUUCUCUCAGGUGGUCAUCUCCUCCAACCUGAGGGAUGGGACGUCCCACCUGGUCCAGGUUGGGGGACUGGGAGGUCUGAAACACAACACUGUGAUGGUCUGCUGGCCCAAAAACUGGAAACAGCCUGAGUACCACCAGCAUUUUAGGAACUUUAUAGAGGUGGUCAGAGAGACAACAGUAGCCAGUAUGGCUUUGUUGGUCCCAAAGAAUAUCCACAGCUACCCGUCCAAUGGAGAGCGCUUCACUGAAGGCCACAUAGACGUGUGGUGGAUAGUCCACGAUGGAGGCAUGCUGAUGCUCCUGCCCUUCCUCCUGCGCCAGCACAAGGUGUGGAGGAAAUGCAAGAUGCGCAUCUUCACUGUGGCUCAGAUGGAUGACAACAGCAUCCAGAUGAAAAAAGACCUCAUCAUCUUCCUCUAUCACCUGCGCAUCGAUGCUGAGGUGGAAGUGGUGGAGAUGCAUGACAGUGACGUUUCAGCCUACACCUAUGAGAAGACACUGGUGAUGGAACAACGCUCACAGAUCCUCAAACAGAUGCAUCUGACAAAGAAUGAGAGGGAGAGAGAGAUCCAGAGUAUUACAGAUUCUUCCCGCGGGUCCAUUCGGCGUAAAAACCCACCCGGCUUGCGCUCACAGCAAAGCGUGGAGGAAGCCAGCGUGGCAGAGAAACCAGAAGACGAGUCUGUGGCUGUCUCCAACCCUAAACAGGUACAGCUGAUCCACAGCAAGAAUGCAGCCUCACCCACCAGCCCCACCUCUCCUGCUGCGCCUGCAGACAAGGGACAGACAGCCAACGCAGAGGCGGGCAAAGACCUCUUCAACAUGAAGCCAGAAUGGGAGAACUUGAACCAGACAGACCUGAGGCGUAUGCAUACAGCGAUGCGGCUCAAUGAGGUCAUCACCAAGAAGUCCAAGGAGGCAAAGCUUGUUCUGCUCAACAUGCCGGGACCACCCAAGAACCGCGUGGGCGAUGAAAACUACAUGGAGUUCCUCGAGGUGCUCACUGAGGGUCUCAAUCGGGUCCUCCUGGUGCGCGGCGGGGGACGUGAGGUCAUCACCAUUUACUCCUGAAGGGCUUUCAACUGCACCCACACAGACUUUACCCUCUCCUACCUCUGUGUCGUUUCAGGAAAAAAAAAAAUCCCCCCUCACCCUCCUUUUGUAUAUUUAACCUUUUAAUGGUUACGCAGAGAAUGAUGCAGCAGGCUCUGUUCUCGACUUGUCAGCUGAUUACGACAGAUGGUUAGUUCUUUCAGAGCAAACACGUCUAAACACUUUACCUUUUUUUGAUAUGUAAGAGUAACGUUUUGUCCUUUUUGCUUUGACCCUUGUCAUUUGUAAAGAGGGGUGUUUUAACUAUUUUCUUUAAUUUAUUAUUGUUAUUUAUGUAUUUAUUCAUUUUAUCAUGUCCGUCUUUGUCCUGGUUUUUUUCUCCUUGUCUUUCAUUGUUUGUUUUUUUGUCUUUAGUGUAAAAACGGUGGAAGAAGAGGUUUGCCCAUUCAAUACAUUUACAUCAUCAACUGGAAAUGUAGGAAUACAUCACAUAUACAAAACAAAAGUGGAAGGCUUAUAUGUAUACAAUAUAUCAUAAAUUCCCCAAAACAUACAGUACAUAGAGCAACUGGAUCCAUUAGGUUUACCACUACUUUCCUAUUUUUUUUAAAUCUCAUUUUACUGCCCAAAGUCUAUUUACCAUCUAUGUCAAUGAUGAUAUGUGGGAUUUGCAGUUUACGCUCCAACCAUAAACAAUGUUCUCAUUCCAGUCUCAUCUUUUAUUAUGGCAGGGAUUUAUCCAUUUGUUUGUUUGUAAAUUGAGCUUCACAGAACUAACAGAACUAAAAAGACAAUGACUCGGUGUAGAUUAUCAUGAUCCCUAACCCGAUUGUUUACUUCAUUAUCCCCACAGCUGGAUGUGGAUCAUAAAGACGCACAUACACACGUUACAUACACAAUGUAUGUGUCUCACUGUAUUUCCAGGGAGCUCAUUUUUUUUUCCAUAUUUACAAUUUAUUAAAAUGUAAAACAUAAUUUAUUAUAUUUAUUUGCUCGUUUCGGUGUAUCAUUACAACAAACAUAUUUCAAGGGAAUUAUGUUAAAAAAAAACAUUUUUUUUAAAGUACAACAUUUGAUGUGAAGUUAAAUAUUUUUAAUGAAAAUCAGUAAAAGACAUCUAUCAGUAAAAUCAUAUAUCAGAAGUUUUAACAGAGAGUAUUUAUUUUUAUAUAAUUGUUAAGACAAAAGCUUUAGAUACAUUUUAUUCUAAUCAUUUUAAAUGUAAUGCCGCGUUAUCCGUUACUUCAUUAUACACUAUAAUCUAAUCCAACAGAACAUGUAUAGUUUAGAAUAAAGUAUGGAAGCAAAGCUUUUAAUAGUAUUAGUUGAUGAUCUAACUUUUUGUCCCUGAACAGAUUUUAAAGAGUAUGAUUGUUUAUAUUUAAUCUUCACCUUUAAUAUAUAUUUCAACAUUGGACAAAUAAAUUCUGCAUCAACUUCUAGAAUGAGAAAUCCAUAGCAUUUAGUAUGCUCCCCCAGGUUAUCAUAAGACUUGUAAGUACUCUGACUUCCUUUAGAUUAAUUAUAUAAAUAUAUCAUUAAUUAUAUAAAUAUAUCAUUUAUAACGUUGUUGGAUAUUCCUCACCUCAUGACACACGUCUUUUUUCUGUAUAUGUGUACAUUUUCAUGUUUCCUUUAUUCCUCUGAAAAGUAACUAUUGUUGAUGUUGUUUUUUUUGUUUGACUCUUAUAAAGGCAUCGCAGUCCUCCAGUCGAUUUAUCAGUCACUGGUCUGCAGACGUUUAGAGUUACAGUUUUAGACUGAAGUGUGCUUCUCUGUGUCUGUAUGCUGUGUGUGCGUGAACCUGACUGAGUGAACACAGUAAAUGUCAUUGAAGAGCGGGAAGAUGAGACAUCUGUACAUAGAUCUGUGAUUUUAGGUUUAGAGACAACAAGUGUAAUCUGUGUUAAUACACUUUUUAUAGAUAUAAAAAUCGAAGGUUUGGAUUGUCCUUUAACACAUAUUUAGUUAAUUUUGUUCUAUUAAGUCUCAUGCAAUUAUUAAUGAUGAGUGGAUGAAGAAACCAGAUCAAAUGUUGGCGCAAUGCAAUAAAUUAAAUAAUUUUAAUACAACUGCAA